AAAGUAUCUGCUUGUGGUGAUUGGUGACGCUCCGUUAGCGUAGCGCGGCGAGUUUCAAAACUACUCGGUUGUCAUUUUUUUAUUGUAAAGGAGCAGAGGGAAUUUGUAAUCUGGUUGAUUGUACAGGGGAUACACCACGAUGGAUGACUACGUCAAGAUAGAAAAAAUUGGCGAAGGUACUUAUGGUGUUGUAUAUAAAGGUCGACACAAAGCUACCGGUCAAGUAGUGGCCAUGAAGAAAAUUCGCCUCGAAAGUGAGGAAGAAGGUGUUCCCAGCACAGCAAUCAGAGAGAUUUCUCUCUUAAAAGAGUUGCAGCAUCCUAAUAUUGUUGGACUCCAAGAUGUGCUCAUGCAAGACUCAAGGUUGUAUUUAAUUUUUGAAUUCCUGUCCAUGGAUCUUAAGAAGUAUUUAGAUUCCAUACCAUCCGGACAGUACUUGGAUAAUAUGCUUAUUAAGAGUUAUGUGUACCAGAUCCUGCAGGGCAUUGUUUUCUGUCACUCAAGGAGGGUUCUACACAGGGAUUUGAAGCCUCAGAACCUGUUGAUAGAUAAUAAAGGAGUGAUUAAAUUAGCUGAUUUUGGGCUUGCCCGUGCCUUUGGCAUUCCUGUCAGAGUUUAUACACAUGAGGUUGUAACUUUGUGGUACAGAGCACCAGAAAUCCUGCUAGGUUCUAAUCGUUAUUCAACGCCUGUGGAUAUCUGGAGUAUUGGAACAAUAUUUGCUGAACUAGCAACAAAGAAACCACUUUUCCACGGUGAUUCUGAAAUAGAUCAACUCUUCCGGAUCUUUAGGGAAUGCUUAUUUAUGAUCCAUCAAAAAGAAUUUCUGCAAAGCAAUCACUGAACCACCGUUACUUUGAUGAUCUUGACAAGUCAAAUCUUCCAGCCAGUCAGAUCAAGAAAUCUUAACAGCCUGACUUCUGUACAGGACUGACCUUUCUGAAAAUUUUUAUGUGGCUCAACAGUUUUGUCAUUUCUUUGUUAAUCAUGUAUGUCUCUCGUCCUUAUAAAUGUAUUUUCUGUACUUUUUCUAGAUAAACUGUCUAUUUUGAAAAUAUGUACAUAUAUAUAUUUUACAGUUUGCAGUUUCUGUGAACUGCAUAUUUUGUACUGCAAUUAAUGCAGUUAAUUUGUAUAACAAAAUAUAUCUGUAUUAUACAGACAUGUUUGUUAACUUGUUUUAUUUGUACUUGCUGGACUAUUGAUAAUGUUUUCUACACGUUGCCUUGUUUGUUAGUGCUGGCUGAUGGUCUUAGAACAAUUAAAUGACACAACUUUUUUGAUGUGUCCUACA